AUGGAUAUCACAAAGCCGGUACCGUAUGCUGUUUUAAGCUACUGUUGGGGAGGCGAUCAGCUCUCCAAGACAGUAAAGAGUAACGUCGGAAUAGUCCCACGAGCGAUAAAAGACCUACCGCAGACGAUCCAUGAUGCCAUUCUUGUGACUCGACAACUCAAGCUCGAAUAUCUCUGGGUUGAUAGUAUGUGUAUCAUACAAGACAGUGCAGAGGACAAAGAUGCGCUCAUCGGCCAGAUGCACAGGAUAUUUGCGUGUGCAGAAGUCACUAUCGCCGCCAGCAAAGCCUCGAGAUGCACUGAAGGAUUCCUCGCUCCUAGAACCAACGGACCACAAUUUUACGUCGCCAUUCAGGAUCCCACAGAGACAAAUAAUGCCAGAUCAGGCAGGGUUAUACUUAUACCCCCUUCAAAGCGACAUGUUGAGCCACUCGUCACACGUGCAUGGACACUUCAGGAGAUCCUCCUUUCAAGACGCAUCCUCUCCUACGGAAGCCGGCAAUUGCGCUGGUACUGCGGCGGACAUGAGCACCAUGAUGGCGGCCUUAUGGAUCGCGAUUCCUCCAGUUGGGCAUCCCUCCAAACCCGACGCUUUGAGACAACGAGUCUCCAAUGGAUAAAUAUCGUAAAGCAAUACACAUUGCGUGAACUGUCAGAGCCUUCGGACAAAUUGAUCGCCAUUUCUGCUGUAGCUCAACGCCUCGCUAGUCUGACUGAGGGGAGAUGGGGUCGAUACUAUGCCGGUGUUUGGACAGAGUGGUUCUUUCAACAAUUGCUGUGGGCUAUAUCCGAAGGCGAGAUUGCGAAACGACCAGUUCGGUACCGCGCACCUAGCUAG